CCUGGGCGGAGCCCGCGCGGGAUCCGGGAGGCUGCAGGAGCCGGCGGCGGCUGCGGGGCGGGGGUCGCGGCCGAGGCAGCGGGUUCGGAGCCGGAUCCCCGCAAGCACUGCCCUGUCGCCGCGUGACCCCUCGUCGGGAGCGCGCCUCGCACCUCGCCCCGCGCCUGCGCGUUCCAGCAGGGCUCCCUUCUUCCCCAGCUCCUUGACGCCCCUGCCAAGAUGGCAUCCGCCGGAGACCCCGCUGCAGGGCCUCGGGACGCCGCAGACCAGAACUUCGACUACAUGUUCAAGCUGCUGCUGAUCGGCAACAGCAGCGUGGGGAAGACGUCCUUCCUCUUCCGCUACGCCGACGACUCCUUCACGCCCGCCUUCGUCAGCACCGUGGGCAUUGACUUCAAGGUCAAGACCGUCUACCGCCACGACAAGAGGAUCAAGCUGCAGAUCUGGGACACGGCGGGCCAGGAGCGCUACCGGACCAUCACCACGGCCUACUACCGCGGAGCCAUGGGCUUCCUGCUCAUGUACGACAUUGCCAACCAGGAGUCCUUCGCGGCCGUGCAGGAUUGGGCCACACAGAUCAAGACCUACUCCUGGGACAAUGCCCAAGUCAUCCUGGUGGGGAACAAGUGUGACCUAGAGGACGAGCGGAUUGUGCCCACCGAGGACGGCCGGAGACUCGCUGAUGACCUUGGAUUCGAGUUCUUUGAGGCCAGCGCCAAGGAGAACAUCAACGUGAAGCAGGUGUUUGAACGCCUGGUGGACAUCAUCUGCGAGAAGAUGAAUGAGUCCUUGGAACCCAGUUCCAGCCCUGGCAGCAAUGGGAAAGGCCCAGCCCUGGGGGACCCUGCGCCGCCCCAGCCCAGCAGCUGUAGCUGUUAGGGGGACCCUCGCCGCCACCUGCCUCAUCUGCCUCCUCAGGGACUGUGACCCGGGCAUGAGCCACAAGGGCUGCUCCCAAGCUCGGGGCCCCUUCUUCUCUCCUAUCUACUACCCCCCACCCUGGCAAGGCUCACUCCCUCUCGGUGUCACCGCCAUGCUCAACCCCAGGGCUCAACUCAGCAUUGCAGGCAGCAGCCUGGGGAUGGCGUCAUGCACAAGCUUGCUGCUUUCCAGGGCUUUUUAGCAGGGUGACCAUUGGCAGCACGUCCCGCCAUGCCUGAGGAAGAGGCCUCCAUAGUCCCUUCUACAUUAGAACCACUUUCUGGGGGCACUCUGCACUGGGCAUUGCCUGGUGUGUAGGAGCCCGGAGAAGGUAUCAUGAUGCAGGUUCCCCCAGGAGAGGUGGAGGCAGCCCCUCUUUCUCAGGUCUCCCACCUUAGCCUUGAGCCUACCAUGUGAACCCCCUAACUGCCAAAGCUCUAAGAUGAUACCACAAUCCGGGGCCCCACAGACCCCUUCCUCUGGCUGGCAGAUUGAAUACUAAAGCCCAUUUUCCUGUUA